AUUGCAGCAUGUAUAGCUUCAACAAGCCAGCCAUUUGGGUUAUAGCUAGCUAGCUAGGAACAAGAAGAAGAAGAAGAAGAAGAAGAACAAGUACUUGAAGAAGACGACGAUCGAUGGAGAAGGAGGCGAUUCGAAAGGGGCCAUGGACCGAGCAGGAAGAUGUUCAGCUGGUUUUCUAUGUGAACUUGUUUGGCGACCGGAGAUGGGACUUCAUAGCCAAAGUUUCAGGUUUGAAGGUGGAGGGAGACACGUAAACGGGUUGAAGAGGACCGGGAAGAGUUGCAGGCUGCGAUGGGUGAAUUACCUGCAGCCCGGCCUGAAGCGCGGCAAGAUGACUCCCCAUGAGGAGAGGCUCGUGCUCGAACUUCACAAGAAGUGGGGAAACAGAUGGUCAAGAAUUGCGCGAAAGCUACCGGGGAGAACAGACAAUGAGAUCAAGAACUACUGGAGGACUCAUAUGAGGAAGAAGGCGCAGGAGAAGAAGCGAGCCACGUCUCCACCUUCCCUGGUUUCUCACUAUUCUUCUUCUUCGGCUUCAAGCAUAAGCAAUGGUUCGGCCGACGGUUUGCCAAGCUUGGAGGCCAAGGCCAAGCUGGGGCAAGGCUUCCACCGUUUGGCUCCAUUUUCAUCAGUACCUUCCAACAAUAUUGUUCCUCCAGUGGAUUUGAUGCCUCUCAUGGAGACCAAGGAACGCGGGUUUUACGAUACCGGUGGAGUCGAGGCUUUGGCUCCGAGGGGAAAGGAGGAGGAUAAUGAAGAAGAGGAAGGAAGCAAGAUGGUUUACUCCAUCCCCGUGGAUGAUAUAUGGAAAGAUGUUGCCCUUUGCGAAGUUGAGAAAAUAAGAGCAUCCUCCAUGGAUGAUGAAGGUUGCAGCAUUAAUUUCACGAAUUGCCAAGCAAUGGCUUCUCCAAUCUGGAACUCUUGUCCUCCUGACUUGCUGGGGAUGUGGAUGAUGGAAGGAGAUCCGGAGAUUGAGAUGUUCCCGACCUGCUUAACAACCGAUCAAUUCUUUGCCAGUUCCCCAUUUUUAACCCGCUAAUCAUAUUCUUAUUCAUUCAAAUUUGUCCAAAUUAAGGUGUAAUAUAUAUAUAUAUGUAUGUAUGUAUGUAGUCCUAAUUAAGAGAGCUAGACUACUUGAAUAGCAUGGGGUUUCUCUAGCUAGCUAGGCUGCUUAUUAAUUAACUUCUGGUAUUAGCUACGCUAGCUAGCUUCUCCUCCAUGUAGGGUGGUUACAUAUAUAUAUAUAUAUAUAACCCACCUCAUCAUGAUGCAAUACUACGGUUUGUAUGCGUCUGCGUCUGGGCAUUUUCUUCUUCCCGGAAGGAAGAGAAGAGAAAGCCUAAAAACAUCUCAUAUUAGCUAUAUAUCAAACUGUAUGCUUUAAUUAGCUGGUCGGUCAAUGUAAUGUUGUAUUAAAGUAUGUGUUAAAAAACCCUUUAAUUUCUAGAUAAUAAAAUAUUCCUGCCCGCC